AUUACACUUUAGAUGGAAGUAAACCAGAACUCAUUAGGAAACCUGGCUAUGGAGAGUGUAACACUUUUAAGUAUAAGGGUCCUAUCAUAUUACCAGUUGGGAAAAUAAUGGUCAAAGCACUGGCGGUUACAAAGGACUGCAGGAAGAGUACAGUCGUAACAAAGGUGUUUCUGGUAGAGUACAAGCAACCAGACAUCCUUUUCUCUGUUGAAGAUGAUGACAAGAAUUUUCUAAAAGAUAUAGCCACACGGGAUAAGGAAUGUGGAAUGUUUACUACAAAACCAAAGAAGAAUGGACUGAAUGUGGAAAUCAAGCCUGCCUGGGGUGAAGCACCCCAAGACUUUCAAGAAAGAAAGACUUCUCACAGGUCCCUGCAAGGACCACAGCUCCUUGCCAGUCAUUUGGGAACAACUCAGUACAGAGAAGAAUCUGUCUCAGCGCCACCAACAGAGUCAUUACAGCUUGCAAGUUCUCCUGCAGUGACUAGCCGGAAAAGCUUAGCAAGCACGCAGGUGUCAAGGAUCCAGAGGGAAACAGAUUUCCUAAAAUGUGCACACUGUUCUGCUCCUCGCCUGUCUAAUCCGUUGGCUCACUUCUGUCAGAAAUGUGGAUCUCCUAUCCCACCUGUGCCAGUACAUCGCUUCCCACUCCCUGAAGGAAGGCAGAUGGCGCCAUGUCUUGAAUGCAAACAUCCUGUGCCAAUGAAUACACCCACUUGCAUUGUAUGUGAGUCACCAAUAGCUCCACAGCUGCAGCCCCAAAACAACAUCUGCAUAAAGGCUAAACAAUUACAAACUCAGGUUGCCUGGCAAUCUCAUCCUGUUUCCAUGACCAAAUCAAGGCCAGAACUAACAGAAAGAGAAGAUAAAGGAACCCAAACCAUAGGACUUUUUUACCCAUCUAGCAAACAGUUGGAAAAGAAGGAGCUUGAGUUGAUUUCACAAAAAGAAAAGCUGGAAAAGAUGAGUGAUCAUAAGCCUCUCCUGACAGCCAUUAGUCCUGGAAAAGGUUACUGGAGAAAACAGCUGGAUCAUGUCUGUGCUCACCUUAGAAGCUAUGCUCAGAACAACCUUGAAUUCAGAGCACUGAUUGGAGAACCUCGAAUGGGAAAGAUUAAUUCUGCUACCAUCUGUGAGGAUGACUAUGAAGUCACUAUUACACUGAAUUAUGUUCUUGCUAUUAACAAGGAUAUUCAUGCUAAUAAACCAGUGAAGUUCAGCAGUCAUUACCUGAAUACUGUACCAGAAGUCAGAGAUGGGAAGGAUAGGAGUCAGACCAGUUUUGGCAAAGAUGAUUGUAAUCUUUUCCAUUCAAGAGGCAAAAUAAAGAGAACAAAGUCAAGAACACUUACAGGACAAGAAGAUAAGCUCUCUACAGAAUCCAGACAACUACUGGAUGAACUGGGUCCAAAUGGGAAAGGAAGAAUCACCUUUAUAGAACAAUUACUCAAUGAAGGAGCUGACCCAAACUGCAUCAAUGAUGAGGAUCAACCUGCUCUCACAGUUGCUGUCCUUAAUAAGCACACAGAAGCAAUCUCCUUCCUUGUGCAGAAAGGUGCCGACAUAGACCAGCAGUCAGGACUGCACAACAACACAGCUCUCCACGAGGCAGUUCUGCUUGGGUCAGAGGGAGAGGAGUGCAUCCGAGCCCUGUUAUGCUGCAAUGCAAACACACAAAAGAAGAAUGCAGAAGGGCAAUCAGCAUACGAUUUGGCUGUUACAGCUGGAAAUGAUGAGGUUAUUUCAUUGUUCCAAGUAAGGUCGGACAGAGAAUGUUGGACAAACUUAUGAAACUCGGGAACACUGGUUUUGCAAUGUGUCCCAAAAUAGAACUGGAGAUUCUUUGACUUUGGGAGCACCCAAUCAUGUGCAUUCAGUUCUGUCACAAAAUUCACAACCCUGUACAAUCCAGUUGGGCCCUGUAACAGUCAGGUAUUUUCUCCAAGAUCCCCCCCUUCCUUUCCAGCAGUUCAGAGCACAGUUCCUCACUGACUGCAUUGUUUUGUAAAUUUCCUUUCCAAACUUGGGCAAAGAAAGGGACAAACUAAACCUUCCCAGGCACAAAUAAAUUUGAAUGUCUUUGAAA